GCAGUUUUUUCUUAGCAGUUCUGUCAUCACCAGUGCAGCUAUGCAUCGUUCCAGGCGUUCGACUCUGCCUCCCAGACGUUACCAGUCGGAACAGGAACCUCCUGCACCUGCAAAAGAAAAAAUAAAGAUAAGUGUUCAAUCUAUUUCUGAGGAUGAUUUAGAUAUCAUUCCCCCAACUCAAUAUACUACUGUUGUGUCAGCCCAGGUUCAUAAUGUGGAAGAGCAGGGACCUAUUGAUAUUGAGUUAGCUCAGGAAUCCCCCAGACCUCAAGCAUUGCAGACCCAGCAGGCUAAUUUACCCCUUGAUAGUGUACAGGCCUCAUUUUUAAGUGCUGUACCCCCUGCUGCUAUGUCAGCAGUUUCUGACCUAUUGGAAAACAUAAUAUCCGCUAUGGCUGCAGCCUCCCCAGGGCCCAGUGUGACACCAGCUGUUUUCCCUCCUGAUCCUUCUAGUCAGGAUCCGGAUCCUGCUUUAACUACCCCCAGCAGGCAUCGCCCUUUCACACCUCUCAUUGAGGCACCACACGUGGCAACACGCGGUCCCCAGCCCGGCCGGAACAUGGCCCCUGUAACGGCCCCUCAGCCCUCAACACCCGGACUUGCCCCUGGUCGCACCAUACCCGAGGCCCAUGCCAUCCCAGGGCCUAUGCUGCUCCCCCCGGGGCCUAGCGAUCUCCUUCGCCAGCCGCGUGGUCCGGGUCCGACUUCCGGUGUCAACGCCAUGUUAGUGACGUCACCGGAAGCGGACAUCGGCACUUCCGGCUUGGCAGAUUCCCGCGCGGUCACAAGGACAUCGGCUCCCGGGGCAACGCCACUCGCAGGUGAGCACCGAGAGCCGUCCUUGGCCGUUGGCGGGUUAUCAGUGGGGGGUCAGAGGGGCAUUAACAGCGCAAGCAAACUGCGCAAGCGAACGGCACAUUUGAACGUUAAUCCUCAGGGGCAUCAAAGGGGUCGCUCCAUCAUAAGAGGUAGUACCAGGCAGAUAGCCAGUGAUAGGGGUAGGGGGACACGCAGAGUUAACCCUUCCAGGGCAAUGAGGCCAUUACAGUUUAUACAAAUGGGAGAUAACGCAAAUGCCGUUCAGCAGGCCGCUCCCGAUGUUAUUAACCCACACAGGGCUGAUAGUGGUUUAGUGCAAGCGGCCGCUCAGCCGCAUGAUAUUGUGUCUAAUAAUAGCCUGCAUGUGAAUCAAGGCAAUGUUCAAAGUAUGCAUGUUAAUCAAAACAUUGAGCAUCAUUUACCGUCUCAUCAUUUACCAUCCCCCAUUGGUGUGAAUGCGGCUUUGAAUGGUGUGAACGUACAAGCAGCUCCUCAGGGAUAUAAUACACCCCUGGUUGGCAUACAUAAUGCGAAUGUGCAAUCUUUAAGCCAGCUACAACAUCCCAUUAUGUUAGGCAUACAAGGAGUACAACCCCUUGAUCAGGGUAUCCACUCCCCCAUUGCAGCCACGCAGGGCGCUCAUGCACACUCAUUAAACCAUGCACAAUCAAUAAGCCAGGCAUGCCAUAACCCUAUUGUAGACCAGCAGGGUGUGAAUGCUCAGACAUCUGCGAAUGGACAGUCAGUGAGUCAGGGAUUUCAUACACCACUUCAUAUAGCUCAUCCACCCCUUGCUACUGAUAAUCCAGACACAUCCAUUGGGCAAAGUGCUCGCCAAAUUCUUUCUCUUUUGCAGGGGGCAAUUGGAUCACAAAGUGCAGCAAAAACACGGACCAACACUGCCACAGUCAUGAGUGGGGCGGAUGCAGAAGUUCCAAGCAGCAUUACAGCAGGAGCAGCAGCCACCACUUCCACUGCACAGCAAGGGUCUUCAGGACUCGCCCUCCAAAACCAGCCAGCAGGCCAGCCCGUUUCCAGCAUGGGUCAGGGACCUCCUGCCAUUAGUCACGCUCGUCCUUCCUGGAUAGCCUUACUGCCGUUGGUCCGCUCCUCCUUAGCACCAUCCACUUGGCACGCCUAUGCCCGCAUGUGGUCUGAAUGGGACGAUUUCUGUGCGUCCAGGGGAGCCGACGCUGCUCAGGGGUCUAGGGACAACUUACAUGAUUGGCUGGCACUACCCCCGGGGUGAAGCGAAUCUGGAUUGUGGGCCACUCCUUUGUCCACUGGGCCUCCCUACGCUGUGCGUCCCUCCCAUUUGGCCAAUCCCUAGGUCUCCCUACCAACAAGGCAUCCGUUAGGUGGUUGGGUGAUAGGGGGAU